AUGGCCUCCAACUCUACCCCUUCCACUACUCGCUCGCUCCAUAUGACGGGUCCGGCGACAUAUCCGUCGUCCCUGUUGACUAGCGAGCGCACUGCCGCCACUACCGCCGUGGAACAGUCCAAGCAGUCGAAACCUGCUCGUCCCGCCGAGUCCAGCCCUGCGACGAGCGCCACCCCAGCGCGUCACUUCAAUACCAGUCGCGCCUUGAAGGCGGUGAAUGACACCUCUCCCAUUGACUUCGCGUAUCUGCCGGAAUUCGAUCCGGAUAGCCAGGUCACGCCGGUGGCGGUCCGUGUCCCGCUGUUGCCAGUCGGGUUAUAUCCAAACACGUCCACGUAUGAGGAUAACACUUCGGAAUCGGUCAUGCGUCCCGAAAUCUUCACCGCGUCUGCAGACGGAACCCACAUCUCCGCCCCGUCGGCGUUCGCGGAUAUCCAUGACAACGGCGCCGGUGAGAUCGACUACAAUAAGAUCGCCGAUGGCCUAUCGGCAGCGGUGGGCAGCAUCCGCGGUGCCCUUCCCACCGAAGAAGUUGGAAUGGUGAAGCAGGUGUGGCAUGACCUGCUGGACGACGUGCUCGGUCCGAAGAAAUCCAGCGCGUGA